AUGGAGAGACAGUUAGAGAUAACAAUAGUCUGGGCUAAAGGCCUCAAAGACGUCGGCCACUUCUCCAAGAUGGAUGUCUAUGUCUCCGUCGCUAUCUCCGGCAAUCCAUGUACUCACCAAAAAACUCCGGUCGACAAGGAUGGUGGGUCCACUCCCUCCUGGAACUACCCCAGAAAGUUCACCAUCGAUGAAGGUGCCAUUCAAAUGAACGGUUUGAAUCUCAUCUUUAUGCUCCGCCACGAGCGGACCCUCCUUGGUGACAAAGAUGUCGGAGAAGUCCACGUGCCUGUCAAAGGGCUCCUCAACAAUGCCGGAGAUAGCAAGUCCCCCGUCUCGGCUGAGUAUCCCGUUAGGAAGCCCUCCGGCAACCAAAGGCGAACUAAAGUUUGCUUACAAAUUCGGAGCGGAUACCCAACUCCUGCAUCGAGUGGAUACAAAUAUCCACUACCAGCGGGAUACCCGCCUAUGGCACAAGGGUAUGGAUAUCUGCCAAUGCAACAACCUCAACAGGCACCGACGAACAAUAGGUUCAGGUUGGGUGCGGGGUUGGUGGGUGGACUCAUCGGUGGGAUGUUGAUAGGGGAGAUGGCGUCUGAUGCGGCUGGUUACCAUGGUUGGUAUGGUGAUGGCGGUGAUUUUUAG